GGACGGCUGGAGUUGAUACAUACUUGCUUCAGAUUCAGUUUGUGGUGUUGCGCUUCUCAUGGCUAACCCCUUUGCCAUUCGCGCUUCGGCACAUCCAGCUAUCGCAGAAACGUACUCCUUGUCGUCGGACAUCUACCCAGAGCUGUACUCGUUCUUCUUCUCGUCCAAAGAGUUCAUUCGUUGGUGUGGAGCUGAGUGUCCCUGGCAGCUACAUUGCUUUGGGGGCCCAGGUUCUGGGAAAACUACACUAUGUGCGCUUGUGGUCCAACAUCUCCACGCCCGCUCAGAGAAUACUGCAGUUGUGUCUGUUUUUGUCAAAGCGGAUGUUCUUUCCAACGAGAUAGUCUUCCUUGAAGACUUUCUCGCCACGGUCUACCACCAGAUUCAUGCAUUUGGGCGUGUCGAUUAUCCGUCCUUGGAGCUUUUCGAAGUAUAUGAGGAUGCGUGUCAGGCCGGAAAAAGAUUAGCUGUCCGCAUAGAGUUGCUUCGAAAAGCUCUGCAUGCAAGACUCUCUCAAGCCGCACCCUAUUUCUUGAUUCUGGAUGGCAUAGAUCGAUGUAGUGCCGCCCUUCGACUUCUCAUUGAGCGCGAACUUCAAGACCUGCAGUUACUAGGAGUACGAAUCAUGGUCUCGGCUCGCCUCCGCGCCUUUGAGAAGCCUCUGGAAGCCACAUGUGACACGGACGAAAAUGACGAAGUCCUGAAGCUAUUUCUUGAGUGUCAGAAAUGUGAUGAAACAGUCCUGUGCUUCCCUUGCAAAGAACGAGGCGAAGUGUGUCCCAUCUGUAAAACUGCUGAAUAUCUUAAUGAGUCCUACGAUAUUGUCAACUUCGGUAUUGGCCAGAUCCCUAACCCCAGCAUGCGAGAUUUUGUCGCCUGGGAUCUUGAAAAGGAACACGGUGACUUUGGUCUGAAGAGUCCUUGUCAUGAUAAACCUCCUCUAUCUUCGCUCGGGGCUCUAAUUCUUCGAAAUCAGGAUGGAAAUACUCCGCAAACUCUUCUAGAACGCAUUCUCGAUCAAGCAGAAGGUAACAUAGGGAUUGCAAAGCUCAGGUUGGACAAUGUCCACAAUGCACAAUCUCUUGAAGACGUUGAAUCGAUCGGAGACCGCCUACCUCCAAACAUCGUAUUUCAAUUCGAUACUGCUAUCAGGAACAUCGAAGCGCAACCUGCUAGCCAAGGCGAUCUUGGCUUGAGAGCAAUUGCCGCUGCUGCUGAGAACAAUGCUGGAGUCCCUGCGGCUAAUGUGGAAAGAUGGCUGAGGCCGAAGUUAUCCAAAUUCCCUCCAAGGAGCGUUGAGGAUGUUCUUCAGGCAGCGAAUGGCUUUCUCAUUUCUGCAAACAUCGAAGAAGAGAACAUCCGUCUUUAUCACACGAGCUUCUUCAUGUAUGUUGCCCAGAACUACAACGCAUCACUUCUGUGGGCCAGGUCGCAGCUACAUUUCGAUAGAGCCUUCCGCUCACGCACCAAUAUUGCAAGCCUCAUGUCUGAGACUAGAAGUAAAAGCUCUCCGCAUGGCCCCAGCCGAGUUCUCAGUUUUGACUCCAGCCCAAGAAGCGAUGAAUCGGAUAAGGACAGUCCAUCGAUAUUGUCCAGGACUUCUACCACUUCUUACUUUGGAGCCCGACGUUCCAACUACGGUUAA